CGCUGACAUUUGAACAUCGUCCAGCCAAGUCGAGUUGAUCUGAGAAUAGCACAUGAACGAGUCUUCGGGUUUACGAAACUUGUGUUGUGUGGAUGUGGUGUGGUACAGGAUACCUGGCGACUUCAGCAGGAAACGUAUAAUCUGCAAGCAGCAUGUCCACGGUCGAACGAAAAGAAUACCAAGAAACGAAAAUAAUGCGUACGGUGUCCCCCGUGCGCAACUUCCGCAGCUCGUCGCAAAACCUGGCCGAAUUCGACCACAACCUCGAUUACCUCCUCGAAGACCUGCAGAACUCGGUGUCGCGCCCCGGCAGUUCCCUCGGAACUCACCGCGAAACCUCAAAAAGCAACUCCCUUAACCGCUUCACCACCGUCAAAGCAUCGAAUCCCGUAACAGAAUACUCUUCCGACGACGCUUACAAUUACACGUCCCCUGAUGGCACGAAACGCGUCACCGGUUACAAGAAAGAAUCCUAUUCGUAUUCCACGAGCGGCGGAGCCCCACCUGCGAAAGCAGGCAUCCAAAAUAACAUCAACCAACUGGACUCGCUCUUGGACGACUUGCAACAGGUGAAGAACGCAUCAUUCCAGGAAAAAGAAUCUUAUAAUAACACUGGCGGUGAUCCAGAAUUUCAAAGGAGCGGGUCGAAGAGGACAGUGCAGCGCGAAUUGCACUAUGGGGAUACUCCCAGAUCGAGCUCAAGGAGCCGCACUUUGGAACGGACGGAGCGCGAAGGGUCAAUGACAAGAGAAAUCCAAUACACAAACGAAGGUACUUAUGGUGACAUCCGCCAAAUCCGGGGAAGGUCCCCGUCCCCAUCAUCCCGAACGUCAACUUUAAGCAAACAAACUAAAGUGAAAAACGUCCAUAGCUACCCCAUGGAGGUUGUGGAAACGACAACCCCUGACAUCAACCCCGAGAUUUUGGCCCACCUUGACCCCAGCCUCCACCCUCCAGGAAACACCAAAGUCACCACAACCAUCAAAACCUACACCUAUGAGAUCCCCGGCUCUGGUGACUACCCCACAAACCUAAACUCGUCAACGGAAACAGAAAAAUACGUUUACUCCCCGAACCAAACCCAAUCAACACCGAGCAAAAGCUUUGUCUAUAAAAAAGUCGAGAACAAAUCGUCCGAAAACACAGUCAACUACGUCCCGUACCAAAAACCGUUGGGCCCAGUUAAGGAGACCAUAACCACGAGGUCGUACCAACCCGGUUACAUCCCCGAUGCGCCCCCGACGCGCAACCAAACGUACGUUUACAACGAGACAACCACCACCCGGCACGUUGACGACUCCAGGGGUAGUUUGCCGCGGCAGCAGAACCCCCCAAGACAAGACACGUACAUUAAGGAAGUCCACGAAAACAACGCGUACAACCGGCAGUACAACGAUUAUCCGCCACCGCCGCAGCAACACUACAUUAAAGAGAUCCAUGACACCAAAACCACCACCAAUGUCCGUCACCCCUAUCCCAACGGAUAUCCCCCGAAUGACAAGACGGUCAUUUACAGACAUGAGACACACACGACUAAUAAUUACGGGAAGCCGGUGAAUGAUGUCGAGAGUUUCGAUCCUAAACACCCGCCGUAUGCACAUGACCGGAGGCCGAACGAACCGGUGAAUAUCCAGUACAGGUACAAGUCGGAAAGUACGACGACUAAUAAUUACAAAGCGGGGUAUCCCCCAAGUGAUGAGACUCAAGCACUGCUCCCUAAGCCCUUCCCCACGGAACACCAGCCGGACGGGCCGCCGAAAAGACUGGACGAUCUUAUGGCGACCAUAGGACAUGAGCCCCCUAACAGCCCCUUCAAUGCGGGUUACAACGCACACGAGCAAGAAAUGGAGCAGAAAAAGAAAAUUGAAACGUUAAAGCGUCAACAAGAAGAGGUUGAUGACGCACAAAAGAAGGAACCUCUUCAGAAGAGUAAAAACGUGACAGGUCCGCCGGUUUACUACCCACCUGGCCAUGAGAUGUUUGCCAGUAAGGAAGAAAGUGGAGGCGCUUGGAGAGCAGAAGGCGGCUAUCAGAAAGCAUCUGGUCAAUAUAAAUACGAAGCGGAAAGUAAAAGUAAAUCAAAAAGCAGUUCUGGCGCGACAGUUGUGCCAGUUUGUCUACCCUUAUGUUGUGGUCUACCGUGUGCCAUUAUUUAGAAUGUUCGCUCACAAUUCAAUUGAUAACAGUGGAAAUUAAAGGUGCCUUAAUGUUCAUCAUAUACCUCAUCAACUUGUCAGAGGAUUAUGUUUAUUAAUUUAUAGUGUUAUGUUUUUUAUUUAACGUUAAUUGUUUAUUGUAUAUAAUUUUUGGUAUAAGCAGCUUUAAAUUUUGAUGUAAAUUCCUGUACUAGGAUUAAUACAAUGUAUUAAAACGACUUAAACUGUUUAUUAGUUGACUAAUUCUUGCCUAUUAUUAACAAUAAUAUAUUGCAUCGAUGUAAAAAUGUAUUUUACUAUAAAAUAAACUUACGAAAGGGA